AUGGCACGAGAACGCAAAAGUGCACGCAGCGGACCUAGUACAAGAGACGUUGGAAGAAGCGGAGCGUCCGGCGAUGACGUCAUCAGAUGUCGUGGCAGCGAAAGCGUGUCCCAGGCCAAGCCUAAGCGGAAGUACGCCAACGUGAAGGAUCACAAGUGCGGCGUGUGCGGCAAGGCUUUAAGCUGCAAAGCGGGCCUCAAGCGUCAUCUCGCGGCGACACACGCUGGCAAAAAGCCGUACGACUGCCGCUGCUGCCCUGCGACAUUCGCGUCGAAAUGGAACCGCGACAAGCACUUGCUUACACACUCGGGCGAAAAGAACCACGGCUGUCCCACGUGCGGCAAAAUGUUCACCAGAAAGGGUUCCGUCGUGAACCACUUCCGUCAGCACACUGGCGAAAAACCGUUUAAAUGCCACCUCUGCCCGGCGGAGUUCACGAAUCGGCCCUCGUUAUCUGGCCACGUUUUAACCCACACCGGAGAAAAGCCGCACAAGUGCGAACAUUGUGGCAGAAGGUUCGCGCUACGAGUGACCCUCGUGCACCACAACCGGACGCACACCGGCGAGACGCCAUUCAGUUGUGACAGGUGUCCGGCCGCGUUCUCCCAGAAGAGCACGCUGGACUGUCAUCUCCUUACGCACACCAAGGAGAAGUCGUGGCAGUGCAGCCAGCGCUCCAAGACAUUCGCGAGGAAGUGCAUCCUGAAGCGCCACUCGCGGGUGCAUACCGGCGAACGGCCGUUCAAAUGCGACGUCUGUCCAGCCACCUUCGCCGAUCGCUCUUACCUGCGUGUUCACAAGCGGACCCACACCGGCGAAAAGCCCUACGAAUGCGGCAUGUGCGGCCGCAGAUUCUCGACGCGAAGUAACCUCAAGGUUCACGCUCCCGCAGUCCAUGGCAUUGCAAGCGCUGAUGAGGGCGAGCCAAGUAACCAGGAGCCUACCGUCGCGGCGCAACGAACUGCGAGACGGCGUCGAUCGUGA